AUGAAAGUUCAACAUCUCGGAGACAUAGCAGUACCAUCGCAGUACCAAAUUCCUCUAUCAAUCAACCCCCAAUCCCCACCCCUCAGCAACCCCCACAACAUACGGACCAGGGCCAUCACCGCCCAACUCAAGAAGGUUUGGGACCACGGGGUCAUACCCUACGAAUACGAUAGUAACUUCGACGGGGUCAACAAGGCACUCUUCAACCAGGCCAUGAAACACUGGGAGAAUCAUACGUGCAUCAAAUUCGUGGAGAGAAAUAAGGAGGAACAUCCAAAUUAUAUUAUUUUCACGGAGAGGCCUUGUGGGUGCUGUUCUUUCGUUGGCAAAAGAGGCAAUGGUGCUCAAGCGGUGAGCAUAGGAAAAAACUGUGAUAAAUUUGGGAUACUGCUUCAUGAAUUGGGGCACGUGGUUGGAUUUUGGCAUGAACAUGCUCGACCUGAUAGAGAUGCACAUGUCAACGUCAUCUGGGAACAUAUUAUUAGUGGACAGGAAACAAAUUUUAAGAAACUCACUGAAGACGAGGUGAAUCCUUUGGGGGUGAAGUACGACUUUGCCUCCAUCAUGCAUUAUGCCAGGAAUACAUUUUCGAAGGAUCCUUAUCUGGAUACCAUUAGACCCAUUGAAAUUCCAGGUAGAAAAACUCCAGAAAUCGGCCAGCGGCUGAGGUUGAGUAAGGGAGACAUUCAACAGACCAAUCGUCUGUAUAAAUGCCCAGCUUGCGGACGCACAUUACAGAGCAAAUCCGGAAAGUUUUCACCUCCAAUUUUCAGGUUAGGAUCACCAGAUGGCGUGAGAUGCCAAUGGAGAAUCUCGGCAUCUCAUGGUGAGACGAUUAAGCUCAAUAUCUCCCACCUCCGCAUCGAGAAGUCUUUGGAUUGUCGUAAUAGCUAUUUGGAGGUUAGAGACGGGUAUUGGAACAAAUCACCGCUGCUCGGCUUAUUUUGUGGCACGGGAAAGCAUUUCGAUUUGACGUCGACUGGAAGUAGAAUGUUGGUCAAUUAUUUUUCGAAGAAUCCUAAGAGCCACAAAGCUUUUGUCGCUACUUACAAAGUUGCUUGCGGUGGAACCCUCAACGUUACGAAUGGCACCAUCACAUCCCCGUCUUUCCCUGAUUACUACCCCCAGAGUAAGAAAUGCAUCUGGGAGAUAGUGGUUCAAUCUCCAAACAAGAUAACAAUCAACUUCACCCACUUCGAUUUGGAGGGCAACGCCAACACAAGAGACCAGUGCGAGUAUGACAGAGUGGAGGUCUACAGCAAGUUGAAAAACGGUUUGGUGAAGAAGCACGGAACAUUCUGUGGUCCUCAAGUACCGGAGAUGAUCACCUCUGAAGGAAAUGUCAUGAGGAUAGAGUUCCACUCUGACGGUACCGUACAGAAAACUGGAUUUGCAGCGUUGUUUUUUACGGAUAAAGACGAGUGCGCUACCAACAAAGGGGGUUGCCACCACGAAUGCAUCAACACCCCCAGUUCAUACCGCUGCACCUGCCUUCAGGGAUACAUCCUCCUCGAGAACGGAAUCGACUGCAAGGAAAGUGACUGCAAAUACGAAAUAUCCACCGCCAGCGGCAAAAUAACCAGCCCCAACUUCCCGGGGCGCUACCCCGCGAAGAAAGACUGUACGUGGCUCUUUACCACAACCCCCGGACACAGAGUAGCGGUCGAAUUCGACUUCUUCGAGCUGGAGUCCCACCAGGAGUGUUUCUAUGACCACGCGGACUUCUACGACGGGCCCUCCUCCGAGGAGUACCUCCUCGGCAGCUUCUGUGGCUCCAAACGGCCGGAUGCUGUGAUAAGCUCCACCAACAAGAUGCUGAUGACUUUUACUUCAGACUCGUCGACGCAAAGGGGUGGGUUUGUGGCGAGGCACACCACGGUGUGUGGGGGUAUGCUGAUAGCCACUGCUGAACAGCAGUUUAUAUACUCCCACGCUGAGUAUGGUACUGUGGGGUACGACAACGUGAUAGACUGCGAGUGGAUGAUAGAAGCCAUGGGGGGAGAUCAUAUCCGGCUGACUUUUAUGACGUUUGAUAUCGAGGGGGAGGCGAAUUGCGGCUAUGAUUACGUGGAGGUUUUCAGCGGAUUGGAUCGUGGGGGUCCUUCUUAUGGUCGGUUUUGUGGAACGACGAAACCUCCGGACAUCAUUUCUACCCACAGUGAGUUACUGAUAAGGUUCAAGAGUGACGAUACCAUUUCAAGCAAAGGGUUUACCCUCAUCUACCAAGUAGUGGAGGUAUCUUUCAGUGAAGACGAUGAUUACUAUUUCAGGUGGAAUUUGUGAAACUGCUAUUCUAAAUUCAGUGAUCAUAAUCACAUUCAGGCGACAUCUGCU